AUGGCUCUCGACCACGUCUUCAUUUCUCGGGAUCCCCCGGAGGAUCAAAUUUCGGAUGAUGAGCAAGACAACGAAGUUGAAUCAGUGGACGAAGAAUCAGUAGACGAAGAAUCAGUAGACGAAAGUGCUGAAUCAGUGGACGAGAGUGACAUCUGCUUGGCCACAAAGCCAUCUGCCGAUGACGGUUUUGAAAACCUCGUUCUCGAACCCCAUGGGGACCAUUCUGACAGGAUCACCUGGGAAAAUCCAUGGGAGACCUCAGUGGACUCGGACAAGCCAUGGCCGCCCGAGACACGCACACUUGAGGGAGGCGCGACCAUGUCGAACAUUGACUAUGACAAGCUUGAGAUCACCCAGAAAACUGUGAAGAGCUAUCAAGACCUGUCGCGAGAAAAGGCCGAAAAAGUAUUGUCAACCUGGCACGGUCCAGAGCUACGUGCGAUACCUCUUUUCGAUGCCGACGGGGAUGACUACCGCAUAAAUUUCACGUCCCGAGCGACGCUGUACUCCGUGUACUGUCCCACUCGACUAGAGGGCACUGACUCAAAUGCAGCUUUGUCUUUCUUUGAAUUGACUGUUCGCCUUUCGACUGGUCACCACGCUAUACCUCUCCCAAAGCACGUGGCACAUCUAGGGAAUCUUCAAGUCAGAACCAAGGCGCACGGGGCUAAGCCUCGGACCAAGAGCGAGCUCGCCAAGGCUCCUUACUGUAGUGAGAUGACCGACUACACAAUCAUCGUGGACAUUGGACAUGAAGACAUGCCUCUAUGGAUCGUGAGUCCGAGGGGGCGGCUUGACAUCCGCGCUGGUCUGGAAAACCUAGAGUUAAGGCCCAUGCCAAUUUUCGAUGGCUCCAUGGUCACUGAAGGUGGCGACCAUGACAUAGCAUGCAUUUUGCCUUCAAUAAGGGACCUCUCCUUGGAUCCAGAAAGGAGGCAAGCCAUGUAUCGUGAAGCAUGCGAGCUAGUGCGGCAGACUCGAGCGACAGUUGAUCCUUACGAGGGCAUUGUACAUCAGAAGGAGAUCAAGGGUUGGUUUCAAGCUGAGCCGGAUAGAUGGCCGAUUCCCCCAGCACCUGUUUCCUAUUUUGGGUUUCUUUGGGAUGCGGUAGUCUUGGUAUGGGACUCUUUCCUUCUUGGGCGGGAUUGA